UCCGCCGGGGAGGCAGGGCAGGGCAGGGCUAAGAUGGCGGCGCCCGUCCUGCUGCGAGUGUCGGUGCCGCGCUGGGAGCGGGUGGCCCGCUACGCCGUGUGCCUGGCGGGCAUCGCGCUCUCCCUCUACGCCUGCCACCUGGAGCGCGAGAAGGGGCGCGACCUCCACUACCGGUCGCUCUGCGACCUCAGCGAGCGGGUCCGCUGCUCCGCCGCCAUCGCCUCCAGAUGGGGUCGAGGGUUCGGCCUGCUGGGCUCCAUAUUUGGGAAGGACAGUGCAAUAAACCAGCCGAACAGUGUUUUCGGACUUGUGUUUUAUGUACUACAGAUGCUACUUGGUAUGACGGCAAGUGCGGUAGCGGCUCUAGUCCUCAUGAUGUCCUCCAUAGUGUCUGUAAUAGGAUCCUUGUACCUGGCCUACAUUCUAUACUUUGUGCUGAAGGAAUUCUGCAUUAUCUGUGUUGUCACGUACUUGCUGAACUUCAUUCUCUUUAUCAUCAACUACAAACGACUAGUUUACUUGAACGAGGCCUGGAAACGCCAGCUCCUCCCCAAACAGGAUUAAUUUCCCUGUGAACUUUUGGCUGACGGAAUCUGAAGACCCGACUUCAACUUAAGU